ACCAUCCAUCUUAAUACAAUCAAUCUGAUGGCUAUUAGAACCGUUGAAUGUAUAUAUCAGUUGGUUCUUCGCUUAAGCAGGUUCAAGAUCAAGAAAAUUUUCAAGGCAGUGACCACAGUUUCAAGAUUAAGAUAAACCCUAAUUUGUAUUUCUUGAACAUCCCAUUAAUUCUUCAACUUUUCAAGAAAAUGAAUGAUCCUUAUCCCCACCAAUUCUAUCACCAGAAUGAUACGAUUGAGAUAAACGUAGACGAUGAAGUAUUCUUCCCAGCAAGAAUUGUUGAAGCAGUCGGAGAAGAUCACCAGCACUACACAGUACAGUACCUUUCACUGCCGGUGACCGAGAAAGUUCACAUAGCCAACAUGAGGCCUACUCCGCCGGAGUUGAAUGACAGGGUAUUUCUGGAUAAUGAUAUGGUGGAUGCUUAUGUUCAGGGUAAUUGGCUGUUGGGCUGGCUUGUUGGAAACGGAGGUCCUAAUGGUUACACUGUGUUUCUUUAUAAUGAUUUCGUAACGCAUACUAAUCGGAUCAGGUUUCAUUCUCAGUGGUUUCCCCGUCCCGAUUUCGACAUUCCAUUGAACAGUUUGAAUGAUUGUUUGCCGGAUCUAGUCGUUCGCAAUAUGUCGUAAGGAAACGGUGGAUAAUUCUGCAACUGAACCGCAAUUCGGCGGUGAUAUUAGAAAUGGUAGGAGCUGUAGGUUGGCUGAUGAGUAUGGAAACAGUUAGGCAUGAAAUCAGUAGAGUAUGUGAUCAGUACUUCUUAUUAAUGGUUUACUGUGGAAUAAAAUGAUUUGGUUAUUGUAUAGUAUAAUUGAGCU